CACUAGAAUAUAAUAUGCCUCAGUUUGGUGAGUAUAGCAAUAACAGUGAUGAAGAUGAGGAUGAGGAUGAUGAAGAUGAAGAUGAGCAUGAAGAAGAUGAGGAUGAUGACGAGGUGGAAAAUUUUUCUGAAGACGAUCUGGAAAGGGAACUACAGGCCAAAUUUAUGGAAUCUGGCCAGUAUGAGGCACAGGAAGGCGCCAGUUCAAUAGUAAUGAAACUUCAAAAGCAGAUUUAUUAUGCUGAGAAAAAGCUCCAGGAGAUUCAGAAGAAAGCACAAAGACAGAAGAAUCUCUUGAUGAAAGUGGAAAACCUGAUGCUCAAGAAUCACGUACAGUCUGUGCUGGAGAAGCUUGAGUUGGAGGAAAAAAACAAAAAUGAGCAGCUCGUUUUCCUACAAGAAAAACUGAAAUAUUUUCUGAAGAAAUGAAGAUAGCCUUCAGCCUGGCACACAAACCUUGGAUGUGCCAUCAAGACUGAAGACUGGAAGAAAUUAUGCAUGCUUCUACUCCUUCUGUUGCCUUACAUUGGAUUAGUUAUAUCUGUUUCUCUGAGCCUUUUUUUUGCCAAUUAUAAUGUUUGAGCUUUGUAGUCAUAGAAAGGGACCGCAUAAAAAAGUAGCAGACUUAGAUCCCACUAUAUCAUGGGACUUUGCUUCUGCCAUUUGAGAAUCACAUUGUUUCUCUGCUGUGUGUUGCAAUCAGAUGAUUCAGCCAUGCAUGCCAAAAUCUAGCCUAGAGGCCACACAGCUGGUUUGCAUAUAUUUUAGUGUCUCCAAACUCUCCUGUUUAAGUAUUUACUAAAAUAUAGAAGAAAUAUCAAGUCAUUUCUACCAAGGGCUAGGACCUGCCACAGUGAAUUUAAGUGCCUACCUCGCAGCAGUUAAUAUUAGGUUGUGUCCUGUCUGUUCAGGUAAUAGGGCUGCUUUCCUGCUCAGGGAUGAUUUCUUGCUGCUGCCUAUCUUUAGUCUGUUGUGUUUUUAGGACUGUGGCUAGUUGUUACUCAACUAAGAGAACAGUUAGAGCAGAGAUGAAGAAAUUCUGAGCCAUUCCUCUUUUGAGCCUUCUCAUACUAACCCAUAUUAGAAAAGGUUAGGAAAAACCAGAUCCCUGUAAUGCCUAUUAAGAUUUCCUCAACAACC